CACCCAUCCGCCAUCUCCCUCACCGCAGAUUCGCCACUCGGUUCUGAAGCCGUAAAGAGGAGUGGAAUAAUUCCACGGACCCGCCCCCUGCCCUGAUAUCGAUACCGGACUGCUAAACGGGCAGCAGGUCGCGGGGAAAUACCAGCUGGAUUUUUUUUAUUUUUCCCCGCGUGCCGUUGGUUGCCGCCAUGGCGCUACCAGGGACAAGCUCCAUUUUUAUGUGUAAGCUGUGCAACUUGUUUUCCCCAAACCACUCGGAGCUCUUGCUACAUGUCUCAGAAAAUCACAACAAAGAUGGACUUAGUCCUGAUAACAUCAUUAUCCCACUUAAGCCACUUGUACCUUCCAGCAAGAACACAGAAGAAUUGCACGUGAUAAAAAGAAAACGUGGUAGACCGAAAGGUUCCACAAAAAAGCCUAUCUCUGAGGAAGAAACAUCGGAGAGUGGAAGCGUUGCACCUGUAGAAAACAAGCUGCAUGUAGAAGGAGCUCAGGUCCUGUCAGAACCAGAGCCUGAAAUUUUGGAAUGCCGGAAGUGCAAUAGAACAUUUUCCAAUGUUAGGCAGCUGAAAAAACACAUUUGCAUUAUUGUUUUAAAUGAAGACGAAGAAGUCACUCAAGGAAAUGAUUUUGAGGGAAAAUUCAUCCUUUCUGAUUGUGAAAAAGAAAAGGAGAAACAACCAAAGAAAUCCAGAAUUCAGAAAACAGAUAAAACCUCACAGUCUAAAGAGCAGGAGAAGACGCAGGGUGCAGUCAACCCAAUUGUGCGCGUCCUGCUGACUGCACAUGAAGCGAUAGCAGGUGCAACAAAAAUUGUCCCAGUUGAGGCUGCAACUCCAGCAGUUGAACCGGAAGUAAAUUCUCAACCUACAGAUCAAGAGCAAGGUCAGAGGAGAGGAUACCAGGAGUACGCCAUACAGCAAGCACCUUUUGAACAGUCAACAAAAUCAAACAGGGUAAUUCCAACUCAGUUAAAAAUUUUCACCUGUGAGUACUGCAAUAAGGUUUUCAAGUUCAAACAUUCCUUACAGGCCCAUUUAAGGAUUCAUACCAAUGAGAAGCCAUACACAUGUUCUUUAUGCAGCUAUGCCAGCGCUAUCAAAGCAAACCUGGGUGUUCACAUGAGGAAACACACGGGAGAAAAAUUUAGCUGUGAACAUUGCGCAUUCAGCUGCCUCAGCAAAGGUCAUCUCAAGGUCCACAUAGAACGGGUGCACAAGAAGAUAAAGCAGCACUGUCGGUUCUGCAAAAAGAAGUACUCAGAUGUAAAAAAUCUCAUUAAGCACAUCAAAGAAACGCAUGACUUGUUAGACAAGAAGGUCAAGGAAACCUGCGAUGAGCUGCGAUUACUAACUAGGGAAGGAAAGAGGCAGUUGCUUUACGAUUGCCAUAUCUGUGAGCGCAAGUUCAAGAACGAGCUUGAAAGAGAUCGACACAUGUUGCUUCAUGGCGACCAUAGACCUUUUGCUUGCGAACUAUGUGGACAUGGAGCUACAAAGUACCAAUCCCUUGAACUACACAUCCGAAAACACCCAUUUGUUUACGUAUGCUCAUUAUUGUCAUGUUCGAAGAAAUUUGUGAGCACAGUGAGGCUGAAAACGCACAUUAAAGAAGCUCAUGCAGAUGGUCAGGAAUCAUCGCUGUUCAAUGAAUCCAUCAACCAAAGUUUUUUUCUUCUAGAACCUGGGAGUGAUAUUCAGCAAGAAGCACUUGGCAAUGAAGAAUCGGAAAUGCAAGUCCAGCCCAUUAUGCAAGAUGUUCCACUGCCUUGUCAAGCUCACAUUCAGGAGAACGGUAGUGAGCAAAAUAUUCAAAAUCCUACCAUGGCAGAGAUAGACAUUCAUAAUGAAUCAAUGCUGUCAGCAAAUCACACAGGGAAUGUUGUGGUUGCUGGUAAUGAACAACUUCAAACCUUCACUACUCUCGAUCAUACCAUCUCAAGUUUACCAAAGUCAGGAAUCAUCAGUACAGACGUCUCAUCUCUUUUGUUAGAAAAAGACAAUAAUAAUGUAUGUACUAAUCUAACUAAAGAACAUUAUGAGGUUAAUCAUUCUGAAGAAAUUGUUCAUCAUAUAACAGACAUCUCAAAUAAUUCGGUGCCUGGAGAGUUUGGAGAAACAUCUCAGGACAUGGCGUCCAGAGUUGACGACAGUGUUAGGGGGCAAGGUACUCAAGAGUCUAUCAAUAUUGACAGUGAACCUUGUGUUCAACUGGCCAGCUCUAUUUCUGGACCACUAAAUUCUGAAGAAACAUCAGCCUUUAUGCAGAUUUUGAAUGGUUUACAAAAGCGACAGUUAAAUACCGUUUUGUUCCAGAAGAUCAGAAAGAUAUAUGGAGACUUAGAAUGUGAAUAUUGUGGCAAACUUUUCUGGUAUCAAAUGCAUUAUGACAUGCAUGUUCGAACGCAUACGCGAGAACACCUUUACUACUGCUCCCAGUGCAGCUAUUCUUCCAUCACCAAGACCUGUCUGAAACGACACGUGGUCCAGAAACACAGUAACAUGUCCCUGAAGUGCCCUGCCGAAGGAUGUGGGUAUUCCAGCCCAGACAAAUAUAGGCUGCAAGUCCACCUAAAAAUACACACAGAGCUGGAGAAGAAAACCUACUCUUGCCCAGCGUGUGAAAAAUCAUUCAGCGAUUGUCGUCUUAUAAAGUCGCACAUACAGACUAAUCACCCUGAUGUAUCUCCCAGAAUUAUUUCUGAGGUUCUUGGCCGAAAAAUCCAAUUCAAAGGUCUUAUAGGAAAGAGGGCAGUUAAGUGUCCAUAUUGUGAUUCAUGUUUCAUGAAAAAUGGCUCUGACCUGCAGCGGCAUAUAUGGGCCCAUGAAGGAUUGAAACCAUUUAAAUGCACAGUGUGUGAAUAUGCAGCUCGCAGCAAAAGCAAUCUAAAGGCUCACAUGAAUCGUCACAGCACUGAGAAAACGCAUCUGUGCGACAUGUGCGGGAAAAAAUUCAAAUCGAAAGGGACGCUUAAGAGUCACAAACUCCUUCACACAGCUGAUGGGAAACAGUUCAAGUGUACUAUAUGCGAAUUUACCGCAGUUCAAAAACCUCAUCUUCUUCGUCACAUGGAACAGCAUACUUCUUUUAAGCCAUUUGGAUGUGCCUUAUGCCACUAUUCUUGCAACAUACCUGGUUCCCUAAAAAGACAUUAUAAUAAAAAGCACCCCAAUGAAGAAUGUGUCAACGCUGGGACCGGAGAACUUUCUACGGAAGCUCUGGUUCUCCAAGGUGGCAUAAAGUGUCCUGUGUGCAGUUUUGUCUAUAGUACAAAAUGGGAAUUUAACAGACAUCUCAAGAACAAACAUGGCCUUAAAUUGGUUGAAAAUGAUGGAGACUCCAAGUGGGAGGCGGCUAAUGCAUCAGAGGAGACGUCUACCCAAUACCUUCACAUCGCGGAGGCUGAGACAGAUGUUCAAGGGACACAGGCAGCUGUAGCCGCUCUCCAGGACCUGAGAUAUACGUCUGAAACCAGUGAAAAACUUGACUCUACGGCUGUAAACAUACUUCAACAGAUCAUCGAGCUGGGCACAGAGUCGCACGACGCAGCUGCUGUCGCUUCUGUAGUUGCUAUGGCACCUGGGACUGUUACAGUGGUUGAACAGGUAACGGAAGAGGAACGGAGCGCCAACCACGCGGUAAUGAUUCAAGAAGCUCUACAGCAAGCAUCUGUGGGUAUAAGUGAACAGCACCACCUGGUGGUAUCUUCAGAUGACGUUGAAGGGAUAGAGACCGUUACAGUGUAUACACAGGGCGAAGAGGCCUCGGAAUUUAUAGUAUAUGUACAGGAAGCCAUGCAGCCGGUUACGGAUAGCACGAUGGAACAUAUCUUGCAAGAGAUUUGAAAAAAUAAGUGUGCUUCACAAUGAACUUUCAGGUUUUGCUUUAGGUUUCAGUUAUUUGCUUUGGGUCUGGACAUUGCCUUUUUUUUAUUCGUACAAUAAAUAGUACAUAUUACACAUUAGAAACAAUAAUCAAUAUUUGUUAUGUAUUGCAAACAGUAAUCACUAGAUACCGCACAUUACAAAGUAAUUCAUAUUACACAGUACGUAGAAUAAUCAUUAUUGUGCAUGUCUGAAAGCACACAAUAAAAUCGGUAUAUACCACAUAUUAAUCAUUUUAAACAAGAAACAAAUAUUACACAGUACAAAAAAUAAGCAAAUACUCCUGGGCGGCAUCAGCUUGUCCAGACUACCUUGUGUAUUACAGAAUACACAUUACACCGUAAACAGAUUAAAUAAUACCUACUAAAUAAUCUAUACAAUAACACAAAAUACUAUACAAUAAAUAAUACAUAAAACAUAGUGCAACCAAUAAUACCAAUUAGACAAUACACAAUUAAACAAUAAGCAAACAGUCUUGUAAAGCCCACAUAAAGUCCUAGAGAUAAUAACCGGAUGGGUGAAAUUGAGGUUUUAUUUUAUCUAACAGCCCCAGACAGUGACUAUACCCAAAUUAAAUUUCUUGAUUAUUUUCUUAAUUAAAUUGUUUUUACAUUCAGCAAUAUAUGUACAAUGUCCUUUGUGUGUGAGGCUCAGGUUGAU